UGCUAAGUCGAUCAGGAGUGAUACUUUUCCGUUUUCCACAGAAGUUCUUCCACUGACCAAGACCAUAUUAAGAGUUCAUCUUGUUGUUGCACAUAAGCUAUAUGUGAGUAAGAGUUAACGAUAGCGCUUUUGCUCUCCUUGCUUUAUUUGCAUUUACUUUCUACAAUUCAAGACUGAGCGGCAAACUACUUCCGAAGACCACACACACUCAGAAUUAUCAUUCUGGUCUCAUUUACAGCGAAGCAGAUUGUUCUUUUAUCAUCACUAGUCGACAUACUUCUACAUACAGAAUCUUCUUCAAUCUCACAAUUAUUACAAGAUGCUCCGUAAAUGCAGUUCACGGGAGAAGUAUACGAUCUCACCGGACACAGAGAUCGGCGAGCUGCGACAGGUGAUCAAGAGUGUCCCCACGUUGGAUGAGUACGUGGAUGUUGCUUUUAAGGGUAUAUUCACCUUGAGAGGCAUCUUUGGACCCCUUUUAUUUUGGGGGAAAAACGCGUCAAAGAUGCGCUUCAAGAUGAAUAUCAUCGGUAAGGUCUAAUGUUUGCACCGCAGAGGCCGGCCGCUUCCUCGUAGCUGCGCGUGACAUGCCGGAAGGGGAGUGGUUUCUUAGUGAAUCCGUGCUCGUCAGCUGGCCAGCUCCUAAAGACCUUCUUCGGGAUGGUCAAGUAGAAGUGGAGGAUCAUGGUCAUCAAGAAGGUCCUCAUGGUCAAGUAGAAGCUCAAUCUGGACUAAAUGAGGAGGAGGAGGAAAAUGAGAAGGGGUCAUCGCCGAGCAGCACGAGGACUUGCAGGAGCAACUACGGUAGUAAUAUUUCCAGUCCCAGUUGUUCUACGGAGACUUGUCUGAAGGAACCGGAAGUGCUCCUCUAUUACGAGGAUAUAUUCUGCGAGUUGCCCUGGCAAGACUGGGCCAAAUGGCAACUGAGUACAUCCCCUGACGCGGAAAUCAGCUUGUUGCCUCUGGCUUGUUGUCUAUGCCAGAUAGCCGAGCAAAUGACGGCAAUGGGUCCAACGACACAUGCAAAUUUGUCUGCUGAAAAACCCCUUGAGCAGUCUGAAUCAUCCCCCUCUAUCUCCUCUGAAGCUUCCUCCAAAAAGGAAGAUGAAGAAAAUCGACGGCUGGAUGCUGCAUUACGGAACUACGAGCGACUGUGUACCGUCCCAGCAGAGGUGAACGUGUCGUUUCAAAACUGCACUGUCGAAGACAUCUACGCACAAUUGAAAACGGCGGCUCACAUGCACCCAUUCAUUAAGGCGAGGAUGUUUUUGUUUUUGUAAAUCUAUCAUGGGAAUAGGUGGAUCUUCACAUCAAGAAUUUAGACCAGGAUUUUUUAUGUUGAACAGUUAGGGUUGCAGUUUGUGUUGAUGAUGUUCUUGAAUUGUUGUACAAUUUGGAUAAUUUUUCUCUAAUUUAUACAAGCUGCCAUCUUGGAUGUGGGAUGGAGGUCGGAGACCUCUGGAUUUGUUGCAAAACUUAGCCGAGCGACUGUCUCAAAAUGGGAUUGGUUUCGGAGGACGCAGAAAGUUAUGAUAUACUUUUGUAGAGUAGAGCUAGAGGAUCGUAUUGGAGGAUGAGAGAUGUAACCGUUUAUUCUACUGAUGCUAGAUUUUCUUGUAGUAGAAGUAGAGAGAACAAAGUGUACCACUUGGAAGUACUCUCAUAUGCUCCAAAUGUAUUAGAAGAUCAUCAAGAUCUGAUCAACAUUUCUUGACUUUUUUCUUCUAAUUUUUGGUGUUUUUGUGCUUCUGAGUCUGUGUAACCACGACUGUUCCCCGAACGUGGAAGUGGAGUUGGAUAAUGAACAAGGGGUAAAUUUGAAGACGACGCGGAACGUGAGAAAAGGGGAGGCUCUGUGCAUCAACUACUGCUCCACCGCGCUGGGGGUAGUGGAGAGAAGGAACCGCCUCCGCCACUGGCAUUUCGACUGCGUCUGUUCCCGCUGUACCGCAGAAGCUCUACUCGUUCAGGCUAUCGGUGAGGAGAAGAAGCAGGCCAAUGAUGACGCUGAGGAGAAGAAAUCCGUUCUUGGCGAGAAGGACAACGGAAUGCAUUCUGCAGACGCAUUGAAAAAACGCAGAUUGGAAUGAUGCAUCUAAGUACACAUAAACUGGGGCUUCUUGAAACCGCCCAGGAACAUCAGCGGUCACAUGAAGGCAUCUUGUUUGUUAGAUGUGAUUGUGAAUCUGACGAACCUUCCCUUUCCCUUAAAAAUACGGAACUUCUCUUUCCCGUGUUGCAUUCACAAUUAUGCUCAGACUAAUAUACUGAAGCCUAAGA